CCGCCGCCGCCGGUUUUCGGUGCCAUGCUUGGAUGGUACUUCGGUGCGUCGUUCGUUCUUUCGAACUGCCAUCGGCUUGCCAGUAUCCCAGCGCAAUGCAGACCGAGGGACCGCCCCUUCGGUGUUCGGUACCAUUGGUGACCGCUUGCUGGCACCGCCUUUCGUUCGCUCGAUGCCAGUGCUGUUGCGCAAAACCAGUGCCAAGGCAUCUUUUCCGGCAUCUCUCUCAUCCAGUCAGUCAUCCAGCCACCAACUGAGCGCGGCGAUCAUCAAAUCAGGCGCAACCAACCAAACAACCAACCAACCAACCAAAACGAUGUCUGGCCGUGGCAAGGGAGGCAAAGUCCGGGGAAAGCCGAAAUCCCGCUCCGUACGCGCUGGGUUGCAGUUCCCGGUUGGUCGCAUCCACCGUCUGCUCCGGAAGGGUCACUACGCCGAACGUGUGGGUGCCGGUGCCCCGGUCUAUCUGGCCGCCGUGAUGGAGUACCUGGCAGCGGAAGUGCUCGAGCUAGCAGGAAAUGCCGCUCGCGAUAACAAAAAAACUCGCAUCAUUCCCCGCCAUCUGCAGCUGGCUAUCCGUAACGAUGAGGAGUUGAACAAGCUGCUUGCUGGCGUAACUAUCGCCCAAGGUGGCGUCUUGCCCAACAUACAGGCGGUUCUGCUGCCGAAGAGGACCGAGAAGAAGUCGGCCGCCACCACCUGAACACAACAGCCCAAA